AUGCACCCACUCACCCUCUUCCCCCUCAUCAUCACCUUCGCAACGGCCCUCCCCUUCGCCGCCAGCCCCAACCCAGACCCAUCCAACCAAGACCAACCAGACUGUGCACCCGGAGCCGAAGGCACCACAGCCGGCGUAACCUACUGCCUGAGCACAAACUUCAACGGGCCCUGCGAAUGGCACGCCUACUACCCCGACCGAGACUUGUGUAUGGCUUUCGACGAAAAACCAGAAAGGCGCCCCCUUUCCAUCCGCCCUCAGCACGGUGGGUACUGCGAGUUGUUCAAGGACAACAAAUGUGGGGGUGAUCCGGUCAGCAUCUGGAAGGACGAUACGACGACGAAGUUGGAGUGCCCGGGUAUGAGUGAUGCUGGGAAGCCGGAUUGGUUUGGGAGUAUGAGAUGUAGGACGGAGAAUGAGGGGACGGAGAACGAGGGGACGGAGAACUCGGAUGGAUCUAGUGGAGGGGAAUACCAGGGUAGUGGGGGUUAUCCUUAUCCGGGGAGGGAUUCCCGCAGGUCGGUUUAG